UAGUGUAAAGUUGUUCAAAGUAAAGCCCCCACAAUUUCGAUUGGCAUUGGCCCACUUCUUUCUCUCUCUCUCUCUCUCUCUCAUCAACGUCUUCUUCCUUGGGAACUGGAAAAAGACGAAUCUUGAACAGAUAGAACCAGUAGAGGCAUACAACAAAUCCUUCAUCUGCACCAACCAUGGCGGACAAGGGUAGACCAUUACCAAAGUUUGGGGAAUGGGAUGUGAAUGACCCAGCAUCUGCUGAGGGAUUCACGGUAAUCUUCAACAAAGCCAGGAAUGAGAGGAAGACUGGUGCUAAGGUUGAUUCACCACCUAAGGAUAAUAACAAAUACAAGCAUGAAGUGGUUCUUGGGAAGCCCCAAUCUAAAAAAUGGUUUUGCUGCAUAAACACAUCUGCGGAAUCAUGAGGAGGCUUUUUAACUCGUAACAGUUCUGGAGUGUAAGAUAAUUUAUCCAUACCUGGCCCCUGCAUAAUUCCGGAAGUCUGGAGCUUCAUUAAAGCUAUGAUAGGUCCUGCUGGAAUCUUUUGUCAUAAAAGUAGUGUAGUUUGGGCUUGGGGAGAAAAAUGAUUAGGAAACAAAUAUUGCAUGACAUUUAUAUGAAUUAUGGUGAAUUAUUACUGGGAUUUCAUUUUGUCCAAUAAUUGUUGGAUUCACACUUCAUUGACUCGGCACUUUUUGGAUUGAAGCUUUUUAUUGACUCAUACUUCUCUGUAUUGUUUACAGUGGAGUUUGAUAUUUGUGUGUAAACUAUAUACUUAUUUAUUGAAGCCUCCUAUUUAUAAAU